AGCGUGAGGCUGCGUUGAUUUAAAUUUGGAGCCUCGUUACUCUGCGCGGAAUGCGAAGCGAGGAGUUGCCAUUCGAAUUUACUACGCGGCCUCGAUGCGAUUGGUUGGUUCGCGGACAGCGGUACGACGCAAUUGGCCAGCUCCCCACAGGGCCCGUGCCCUGGUUGGCCUAAGACAGCGCGGAAGCGGGGAGUUAAAGAGUCUAUGCCCGUCGUGGGAGCUGGCCUGGCCCCCCGGGAGCCCUGGAGUCGCCAACUGGGGGGGCUUCCUUUUUAUACACACCACUAGUUUUCUCUCUAUGCUAUGGGAGAUGUCAAAGAAUCAAGAAUGCAAAUAACACCGGAAACUCCAGGAAGGAUCCCAGUUUUGAAUCCUUUCGAAAGUCCUGGUGAUUAUUCUAAUCUCCAUGAACAAACUCUCUCCAGUCCUUCUGUUUUUAAAUCAACGAAAUUACCAACUCCAGGGAAAUUUAGGUGGUCUAUUGAUCAACUAGCUGUAAUAAAUCCUGUAGAAAUAGACCCAGAAGACAUUCAUCGUCAAGCUUUAUUCUUAAGUCAUUCUCGAAUAGAUAAAGAUGUGGAAGACAAAAGACAAAAAGCCAUUGAAGAGUUUUUCACAAAAGAUGUCAUUGUACCCUCUCCUUGGACUGAUCAUGAAGGGAAACAGCUUUCAGAGUAUCAUUCCAGUAAAUGUAUUAACAUAACUAGUGAAUCUCCAACUGGAAGAAAACUGACCAUCCAUUCUGAGAAAAGCAAUGCUGCUUGUCAGACACUGCUCUCUCUUCCUGUGGAUUUUAAUUUAGAAAAUGUAUUAGGUGACUAUUUUAGAGCUGAUGAAUUUUCAGAUCAGUCUCCUGGAAACCUCAGUUCUUCAUCCCUCAGAAGAAAGCUGUUUUUAGAUGGCAAUGGAAGUAUUUCUGACUCCUUACCUCCAGCUUCUCCCAGAAGUCCUCGCAGUGGUGCUCAAGCCUCACUUGAGGUUUUUUAUUCGAUAGAUUUAUCUCCUGUACGGUGUAGGAGCCCUGUGCAGACACCAAGUUCGGGGCAGUUUUCUUCCAGCCCUAUUCAGGGCAGUGCAAAGAAGUACAGCUUGGGAAGUAUAACCAGCCCUUCACCUCUUUCUUCACCCACUUUCUCACCAAUUGCAUUUCAAAUAGGAAAGACUCCACUCUCAGAACAAAGGAAGUUUACUUUGCAUUCUCCUGAUAAUUCGUGUGGAACAACAAAUUCUAAUGGAGUUACUAAUCCAUGUAUCAGAAGUCCUUAUAUAGAUGGCUGCUCACCAAUUAAGAAUUGGUCUCCUAUGAGACUGGAGAUGUGUACAGGUGGUACUCAGUAUCGGACCUCCCUGAUUCGGAUACCUUUCGCUCUGGAGGCUCACAGUGAAGACGAAGAUCAGGUGAAUCUUCCUUCCACAGAUGCCUCGUCACCAGCCAUGGACACGGGCGGAGUACACCUGCGGCAGGGGAAUAGUGACACUUCAGCACAUGGCACACAUUUAGUAGUGACUGCCAUGUCUAUUACACAGAAUCGGUCCAGUACUUCUGAGAAAGAAUUAGCACUGUUGCAGGAUGUUGAAAGUGAGAAGGAGAACAACACUGUGGAUAUGGUUGAUCCUGUAGAAAUAGCAGACGAGAACACUUGGAUUAAGGAGCCGGUUGAUAAUGGGAGUUUGCCCAUGGCUGAUUUUGUGAGUGGGAUUGCCUUCAGUAUUGAAAACUCUCACAUAUGCAUGUCACCUCUUGCAGAAAGCAGUGUCAUUCCUUGUGAAAGCAGUAACAUUCAGAUGGAUAGUGGCUAUAACACCCAGAAUUGUGGAAGCAAUAUUAUGGAUACGGUUGGAGCAGAUAGUGAUGCACAAACUUUGGAAGUUGAGAAUAAAUCCCAAGUUUUUAACACAAAGGAAAAUGAUACAACUGAGAGACCACACAUCAAAAUAAGAACUCAAAGGAAGACCGUGUAACACAGAGGUGUUGAAAGAAAACAGAAUCUUCCUCAAGGCAACAGUCCGUAGAAUACCUCUCAGAACCAAAGACCAUCACUCAGUGGCUCCUCACAUAAUUUUUGUGCAGAGGAUCGAUAAUGUGAUCGUGAUUGAGAAAAAGUUGCUUCAACUAACAUGCUUAUAAGCCUUCCCCCCUCCUUAAUGUGAAAAAUCAAAGGCUUAAUUUAGUGACAUGGGAACAACAGAAAAGCUCCUGGAACUUUCAAUUCAUUGAAGUACAACUGUAUUUUUUAUUAAUAAAUAUUUUUGUACUUACCUUGAUUGAUGUGUUUAACAAUAAAAAAUUUGAGAACAAG